AUGGCUAGCUGGCGAGGUGAUACCGUAAGUCGAGGAUGGCAGGAGGGAGAUGAAGAAGAUGGGAGUUGGAGAGGCAGAAAUAGAGGCUCGGGAGGUAUUGGAAGACAAAGUUCUCGUAGAAGCUUCGGCUCGCAUGUUCGCGGUCGCGGCCGCGGCAUUGGAGAGAGAGGUCUGGGUAAUCCCAAUCGAUCGGAUGAAAUAUGCUGGAGCUUUCAAAGGACAGGCAAUUGCCCACGCGGAUCGCGAUGCAGAUUUUCUCGUGAAGUCUCGUAUGCCGAUGAAGUGUUUCAACAACCUCGUUCAAGGCCCGACGAGACAUUGGCCCGACAGGAAGCCAGAAACGCUUAUUCUAGUUGGAAGUACCUCAUCAAGUCCCACCCUAGACCCAACGAUAUCCGAACUACAGAAAUGCUGUGGCAUGGUGCUCUUAAGAUUUUGAAUGGCGAAGACCGAGACAAUAAGCAGAUGGUCCCUCAAGAUCUAGAAAAUGACAAUUUUUUUGGUCGCGAACACAUUCGGGUCCUUCUGGGGAUGACUACUCAUACGAAUUGCGCAGGAACAUAUGUCAAACUUGUGCAGCCUUUCCUAGAUGUCAUGACACAUCAGGCAUUAUUGGACUGCUUGUCUAUCGACACUUGCGUGGGGAACCUCUACAAUCUUAUCAGUGGCAAACUUCUCAGACGAGAACGACAUGCGUUGUUCCAUGAUGACCUUCCCAAUGUUGUGACUUCACUCGAGACUUCUGUGGCUAUCAUUAGUAUCGAUCGAAAUUCGGCAGCUUUUGCCAUAGUUCCAUCUCGCAUUCAAGAAAUUCAAGGCAUGAUAGCCCGAGCUAAUGGACUUCUUUACCAAGAAGAUCAGCAGCAGGUUGAUGGUGUCUCUACCGCAGUCGUAUUGACAUUACCUUCAACCAUCGACGAGGCUUGGAAGUCCAAAUUUCAUUCUCUCAUCCUCCACAAUUGGUCAAAAAAUCUAAAUAAAAAAAGACAGGGGAAAGUGAUGGAAAGAGUCGAAACGACUCGCCGAAGGCGUUUUAAUUCCACGGGUCUCGACUUGGAUUACAGCUUGAUUUCAAACGAAUCGCGAGCGAUUGUCACUGCAAAACCUGCUAUUGGAAGUUCAAAUGAUUCCGAGAGCCUGGCGCUGUUGAACUCAAGCUCAGCUAGAGGAAUUAUGGUAGAACUUCCUAGUGUAAUUCUCGCCACUUUCACGCCUAUUCUUGAGAAUCUCCAAGACAAGCAAAGACUGAAUCGAUUACCUUUUCGUCAAUGGAUUUUGCCUGACCGUCGACAGUUUGGUAGUUCAACCACCCUGAAUAUACCACCCCCAUUAUAUGCCCGUGGAUCAAGAUCGGCGUAUUCGCUGGACUCUAUACUACAAGAUAGGUCAAAAGGUGAUUUACUGAUCAAAAAUUCAGUAUCCUCGGUCGAUGAUGCCGGACUCAUUGAUGAAAUUGAACAACGAACGGAACUUGAUCGCACAGGAAAGUUUUUUCUAGGCGUAAAGCUUGUCAAAGUCUUAUUAGCAUGCAAGACGGUGACACUUGGUCCCAUAAUCAUCGUUUACUACACGAACCAUGCUCUCGACCAAUUUCUUGAAUACUUGGUACAAUCCGGCAUUGGGAAAGUGAUUCGAAUAGGCGGACAAAGUAAAUCGAAGAUCCUAGAUGGAAAAAAUCUUCGAGUGGUCUCUCAAGGUGAGACUACAACCAAGCCCGAAAGUAACACGCUUAGAACCAGUCACUCGGCAUUGGAAAGUGAAGAAUAUCAUGUGGAAAAGCUUCUUCGACAAUUGAAUGGACUUGGAGAUUAUCCAGAGUGGGGAUCAUUAAAAGACUACGUCGCUCGACGCUAUCAUGAAAUUUACCAACAAUUCGACAGGUUUGACGAGGAAGGAUUCGAAACGGUUGGUGGAGAGCCUUUCAAUUUAUGGCUCAGGUACAACACUGAAAUGGAGGGACAAGCACCAACGUUUUCGGCGACAUGUACAAUAGAUGACUUGAUAGAGUUCGCAAAUGUCAAUGUGCACGCACUAAAGGGCAACGAAAAGAUCAUUCUUGUUAGACUUUUGGCAGAAGAAACACGCAAAGAAGUCACGAACGACUUAUUUGAGUCCAUAACUCGGACCGAGGAACAUAGCCAGGCAAUACAGAACGUAUAUUCUGGUAAAGACCGGCGUGUAUUACAGGGAGCGGAUAUCAUUGGGGCGACUACGACUGGUCUUGCAACGAAAAUGUCGACUUUGAAACACGUCAAAGCUAAGGUGAUUGUCUGCGAGGAAGCAGGGGAGGUUCUUAAGGCUCAUAUGCUGUCUGCACUUCUACCAAGCGUUGAACAUGUCAUCUCUAUUGGGGAUCACGAGCAGCUCCGUCCCUCAACCAACAAUUACAAUUUAUCUCUUGAGAGCCAAGCGGGAGCUUCAUAUAAACUAGACCACAGUCAAUUCGAGAGGUUAUCUGUUGGUGACCCCGGACGGCUCACUCUUCCAGUGGCUCAAUUGAAUAUCCAACGUCGUAUGCGCCCCGAUAUAUCGAGAUUGAUCAAGACAAAAUACCCGAGGUUGAUUGAUCACGAUGUAACUAAAAUUCUUGCAGACGUUGGUAGCACAUCCCUUGUCUUAUCAAGUAACGGAAACAAUCAUACGAUACCGAUACAAUAA